AGUGUUCUGUGGUCCAUAAACUGAAACAAAAAUAAAUAACAAAAACUCUAAAUAUCAUUGUUAUUCUCGCAUAAAUCACUUGUAUAGAGUAUUAUUAGUUUAUUUAUAUUCGAAUCUAAUAAAAAAAUAUGUUUAUCAAAGGUUUCAACAAGGACUUCGUAUAUAUAAAGAAUCAAAGAAUGAAUUUUAGUAACCUAUCAAUAUUGUCCCUUAUCUGUCUCCUAAGUUAAAUAAUUUUUAAAUUUUAUUGAUUAUGAUAGAAUAAUAAAAUAUAAUUUAACAGUAUUUCUUGUUUUCUUGUUUUACCAUCUAUGCAUCUGUAGACAUAGCAAAAUACAGUACGUUAUGCGUCAAUUCGAGCGAUUGACCUGUUAGGUAUUGUUUCGUAUAAGUUUAUGUAAUAAUUAAAGUAACACAAAAUAUACGCGACUUCUAACAAUGACCUCACUACUAAGGGUCUGCAGUUUGAUCUCAAGAAAAAGGUGUUUUCAAGAAUUUGCAUCACAAAGUCGUCCUAUUACGUAUUUUACACGUAUCCCCAGUAAUAUUAAGAAAUUCACAUCAGUUUUACAAGUGAAAUACUUUUCAGCAGAAAAUGAUAUGAAAUUGGAAAAAAAAUUAGUGUAUACAGGAAGUUUGUCACAUCAUUUUCGUAAUAUUAAAGUAUUUUCCUUCUUCACAUCGUUUGGAAGCUUCGUGUUUCAACCAAUACUUUAUCAAAAAGCUCUCGAAGAUGAUAGUAUGUUAGCAUUUGUGGGAAUAAUUGGAGUGAUUAACUUCUUUGCCAUAGGUACUCCGGUAUUAAUACACUUAAUAGCAAAAAAAUAUGUUACCGAUUUAUACUAUUUUCCUCUUGAAGAUAAGUACCUUGCUCUAAGGUAUUCCUUUUUUCUUCGCAAGAAAGAGAUUCCCUUUAUGGUACACGACGUGCACGUUCCCGAUGUAUGUGGUAUGUUCACAACGUGCUUUAUAAAAGGAAAUCCACUCUUCUUUAAUGAAGCAAAUUUUAAAGAUGCCAGUCAUUAUUAUAAUAUCAUGGGAUUCUAUAAACCAAUAGAUUUUAAAUUGGACACUAAUGUAAAUGUAAAUAAAAUUAAAACACUAAAAGAGGAUCACGGUCCACUAAAAAUUGAAAAUAAACAGUAAGGGUAAUUUGAAAUUCGAAGCAGUUUCAUUUAUUACACAACUUCUUAGUCUAAAAUUUGUAUACAUUGUUUAAAAGUCUAUUACGAGUUCCUAGGUAGAAAAUAUAUACAAUACAUUAUUAUAUAGACAUUGCAUACUGUGAAAUACAGUAUCAACUUAUUAACAUGGAAAUUCGUAACUCCUAAUUGAUGCGUGUGUAAGGAGUAUUACAAAUCUCCGGUCGACGUUCAUAAUUUUUUUGUCUUCAAAUGUACAAUUUGGGAAUAAAAUAUGCUAUGAACAAUUUUGACAAGUUAACAAAAAUAUAAAUACUCUAAAGUAACCCAAUUAGAGAGUCAAAUUGUCUCUUAAAUACAGCCUCUUCUAGGUGUAGUAAUAGUUUUAAGAAUGACACAACGUAAUCUGAUAAUCAUCCAAGACUGGCAGAUACGUUAUUAUAGAGAUCACAGAUUAUAGUCGAUAC